UGAAGGAAGAGUUUUCCUGUUGGAUGAAAACUCGCGAGAGAAUUUCGUCGUAAAGUUGGAGACGUGACAACAGCGAAAGCCUUCCAGUGACCAUCAAAUUGCAGAGUGAAGUUUUUUUAUAGUCGUUUCGUUCCAUCCUUGUUUCUUCUGUUGUGGCGCCUUUGCGCUUAUCGAUCCCGUGGCUAGGUAUUAGGAAUAGGAACAACUUCGUACACAGACGUUGUUUUUUGCUGAAAUUUUUUUAUCUUUCGCCCUUGCGGUUGCGAAAGCGAAAUAAGCCGGAAAAAUUGACAGUAGUUGCGGCGAAUAAAUGAUGUUGUCCUCUGGUACGACAUCCGGCAUUGACAGAAACAGCGAAGAUCAGUUUGAGCGCAGGUACUGUUUGUCCCUCACUGUGGUGGACGGGUGUUCGGAAGGCGCCACGCGCAUCGUCGAGCCGAAUGGUGCAGAGUGUCGGCUUGGGAGAAACGCCGCCGGAAACACGCUCGUAAUCCCAGAGUCUGGCGUAAGCAGAUUGCACUGCGUUUUCUUCAGCAAAACGACCGCGGAAGGAGCGGAUGCUGACAGCGAGACGGAAGGGGGACCACCUUCUGAUCCCUUCAGAGCACCUCAGCAAGAACGGGCGGGACCCAGCGUCACAAAAUUUUUCGUGAAAGACCUCGGCAGUACCACGGGGACGUUCCUGUUCCUGAAACCGAAGUGCGAGUUUGCGCUUUUCAAGGGGCUUUUUCUCCGGCUUAGCGAGUCGGAAUUCGUGGUCUGCGAACUCACUUCUGACAAGUGCGAGCUCUUCUUCUACGAGGGCCCGGUCUCCGGGAAGCAAAUCGCCGUGCCCGCGGGGGCGGGGAGAUUUGUCCUCGGCCGCCUGUUAUCAAAUGCAACAAUGUUGUCUGGGUCGGGAAGAUUGCGAGAUUUGUCAUGCAUAUUUCUCAUGACCCAUGAUGGCUGUAAUGCAUGACCUAGCAUCACAUACUUUUAGAGGGCUUCCUGAUGCGCCUUCCGCAUGAGAGAUCCCUUGUCCGCGUAGCACAAACUGGACUCCUUUUGCUGGUCAUGCAAUACAGAUUUUUUUAGCGUCCAAAGUUAGCAUCACAAGUUGCAAUCUUCCAGACCCGGACACUUUUACUUUUGAUACCUGUCUGCCGACCUGCCCGCGCUGAGCGGGGACUCGACGCUUUCCGGCCAGCAUGCGGUCAUCGAAUACUCGCCGCCCUGCUCCUGGACACUGACGGACCUCGGGAGCAGCAACGGCACCAGUUGCCGCCUUUCGGCGGAACGCGAGGAGUCGGGCGCGCACGAGGUUUUGGACCAAGACAUCCUUCAGCUCGGCUGCAGUCGAAUCAAAUGUAAGAUUCAACAGGUUUCGGGAAGUGGAGCUAGAAAUGAACAAGAUCAGUUUUCGUAUGGCAGUGCCAUUCAACGCGCGAUGCGAAAUUUGUAAAAUCGUUCGCUAGUUUCGCUCUGGGAGUGGGUCAGCUCCGCGAAUGGGAGUCAAACCGGUGUGCUACUUGUCGACAC